AGCUUCAUUUAUUAUUGGAGCUACAAUCUGCAAACAAUGCACGGAGUACUUCUUACCGCAGGUCUAUGCCUGCUUUUGGCUAGUACAGCCUCUUCCACUAGGAUGGUCUGUGUCUAUGACAGAGUGGCAUCCACCAGACCCUCCGUCGGCCGGGUCACCCCGGCUAUGAUUGAUCCAACUCUCUGCACUCACAUCAUCUUUUCUUCUGCAAAAAUUAAGACACAUAAAGUUGUACCUUUUGACUCCAAAGACAUGACUCUCUACGCACAACUGAACAGCCUGAAAAACAGGAAUCCACAGCUUAAAACUCUGCUGUCUGUAGGCGGCCCAGGCUUCAACAAUCAAAGGUUUUCUGCAGCAGUCGCAUCAGCCAAUAACAGAAAAAAAUUUAUCACUUCAGCCAAGGCUCUAAUUAAAAACAAUGGGUUUAAUGGGAUUCAUCUGGAUUGGCGUCAUCCUGGAGGUGCAGGUAGCCAGCGAAAGGACCCAACCAGAUUCCUAACUCUUUGUCAGGAGCUCAGAGCUGAAUUUGAUAAAGAGGUUCCAGCUCUGCUCGUCUCUGCCAGUGUGUCUGCAGUAAGAGCAACGAUUGACAGCAGUUAUCCCGACCCCCGUGCUUUGGCCUCUGCAAUGGAUUUCGUCAAUGUUUUAACGUUCAACUUUCACAAUCCAUCAGAAUCAAACACAGCACAUCACAGUCCUUUGGGGGCAUUAUCCUCAAACCCUUCAGAUACUCUGACCACGGAAUUUGCAAUGAACUACUGGAGCACGACUCUGGGUGUCCGAGCAGAUAAACUAAACGUGGGAUUUGCUGCUUUUGGAGUCGCCUUCAGACUGGCUAAUGCUAAUACUAAUGGAGUUGGUGCACGUACCAGCAUUGUGGCUCCAGAAAAGGGAUGCUACAGGAAUCAGCCGGGUGUUUGGUCAUAUUAUGAGACUUGCACCUACGUUGUGAAUGGUAUUACAAAAAGGAUUCCGGGUCAGAGGGUUCCUUAUACGGUCACAGAAGGGCAAUGGGUUGGAUAUGAUGAUCAUCUCAGUAUUGACGCUAAGACUGCACACAUUGGCACUAGGGGCUAUGGAGGAGCGUUUGUGUGGGCUCUGGACCUGGAUGACUACAGUGGAGGUUAUUGCAAGCAAGGCACUUUCCCCUUCACGAGAUACCUGAAAAAGAAACUUCCAGGUACCACUACCACAUCCUCUGGCAGCGGUAAAGGGGACGUCUGCAAUGGCGUUAGUGGAGUCCACGCCAACCCAGAGGACAAUACCACCUUUUAUAACUGUAAUCACGGCAAAGCCACUCUGCAGAAAUGUCCUUCAGGUCUGUUCUUUUCAAAAUCGUGCAACUGCUGUGCCACUCCACUGGACAUCUGCAUUGGCCAAGGGGGCCGUGUGGCCAACCCAGAUGACCCUACCACCUUUUAUAACUGUGACUGGGGGAUUGGCACUCUGGAGAAGUGUCCUAACAAACUGGUCUUUAAAAAAUCAUGUGACUGCUGUGAGCAUCCACCCAAGACUUACACCACCACCUCUACUGCUUCCACCACCACCACGACCACCACGACUCCCACGAAAACCACAACUCCCACCACCACCAUGACUCCCACCACCACCACAACAACCACCACGACUCCCACUACCACCACCACGAUUCCCACUACCACCACCUCUGCUGCUUCCACCACCACCACGACUCCCACCACCACCACCACGACUCCCACCACCACCACCACGACUACCACCACCACCUCUCCGACCACCACCACGACCAAAGGUACCACUACCACAUCCUCUGGCAGCGGUAUAGGGGACGUCUGCAAUGGCGUUAGUGGAGUCCACGCCAACCCAGAGGACAAUACCACCUUUUAUAACUGUAAUCACGGCAAAGCCACUCUGCAGAAAUGUCCUUCAGGUCUGUUCUUUUCAAAAUCGUGCAACUGCUGUGCCACUCCACUGGACAUCUGCAUCGGCCAAGGGGGCCGUGUGGCCAACCCAGAUGACCCUACCACCUUUUAUAACUGUGACUGGGGGAUUGGCACUCUGGAGAAGUGUCCUAACAAACUGGUCUUUAAAAAAUCAUGUGACUGCUGUGAGCAUCCACCCAAGACUUACACCACCACCUCUACUGCUUCCACCACCACCACGACCACCACGACUCCCACGAAAACCACAACUCCCACCACCACCAUGACUCCCAGGACCACCACCACGACCACCACGACUCCCACCACCACCACCACCACGAUUCCCACUACCACCACCUCUGCUGCUUCCACCACCACCACGACUCCCACCACCACCACCACGACAUAUAGUCUUUUAAAAACAAUCAAAGGUACCACUACCACAUCCUCUGGCAGCGGUAUAGGGGACGUCUGCAAUGGCGUUAGUGGAGUCCACGCCAACCCAGAGGACAAUACCACCUUUUAUAACUGUAAUCACGGCAAAGCCACUCUGCAGAAAUGUCCUUCAGGUCUGUUCUUUUCAAAAUCGUGCAACUGCUGUGCCACUCCACUGGACAUCUGCAUUGGCCAAGGGGGCCGUGUGGCCAACCCAGAUGACCCUACCACCUUUUAUAACUGUGACUGGGGGAUUGGCACUCUGGAGAAGUGUCCUAACAAACUGGUCUUUAAAAAAUCAUGUGACUGCUGUACCACUACCACAUCCUCUGGCAGCGGUAUAGGGGACGUCUGCAAUGGCGUUAGUGGAGUCCACGCCAACCCAGAGGACAAUACCACCUUUUAUAACUGUAAUCACGGCAAAGCCACUCUGCAGAAAUGUCCUUCAGGUCUGUUCUUUUCAAAAUCGUGCAACUGCUGUGCCACUCCACUGGACAUCUGCAUUGGCCAAGGGGGCCGUGUGGCCAACCCAGAUGACCCUACCACCUUUUAUAACUGUGACUGGGGGAUUGGCACUCUGGAGAAGUGUCCUAACAAACUGGUCUUUAAAAAAUCAUGUGACUGCUGUACCACUACCACAUCCUCUGGCAGCGGUAUAGGGGACGUCUGCAAUGGCGUUAGUGGAGUCCACGCCAACCCAGAGGACAAUACCACCUUUUAUAACUGUAAUCACGGCAAAGCCACUCUGCAGAAAUGUCCUUCAGGUCUGUUCUUUUCAAAAUCGUGCAACUGCUGUGCCACUCCACUGGACAUCUGCAUCGGCCAAGGGGGCCGUGUGGCCAACCCAGAUGACCCUACCACCUUUUAUAACUGUGACUGGGGGAUUGGCACUCUGGAGAAGUGUCCUAACAAACUGGUCUUUAAAAAAUCAUGUGACUGCUGUACCACUACCACAUCCUCUGGCAGCGGUAUAGGGGACGUCUGCAAUGGCGUUAGUGGAGUCCACGCCAACCCAGAGGACAAUACCACCUUUUAUAACUGUAAUCACGGCAAAGCCACUCUGCAGAAAUGUCCUUCAGGUCUGUUCUUUUCAAAAUCGUGCAACUGCUGUGCCACUCCACUGGACAUCUGCAUUGGCCAAGGGGGCCGUGUGGCCAACCCAGAUGACCCUACCACCUUUUAUAACUACUUACACCACCACCUCUACUGCUUCCACCACCACCACGACCACCACGACUCCCACGAAAACCACAACUCCCACCACCACCAUGACUCCCACGACCACCACCACGACCACCACGACUCCCACCACCACCACCACCACGACCGUACCACUACCACAUCCUCUGGCAGCGGUAUAGGGGACGUCUGCAAUGGCGUUAGUGGAGUCCACGCCAACCCAGAGGACAAUACCACCUUUUAUAACUGUAAUCACGGCAAAGCCACUCUGCAGAAAUGUCCUUCAGGUCUGUUCUUUUCAAAAUCGUGCAACUGCUGUGCCACUCCACUGGACAUCUGCAUUGGCCAAGGGGGCCGUGUGGCCAACCCAGAUGACCCUACCACCUUUUAUAACUGUGACUGGGGGAUUGGCACUCUGGAGAAGUGUCCUAACAAACUGGUCUUUAAAAAAUCAUGUGACUGCUGUACCACUACCACAUCCUCUGGCAGCGGUAUAGGGGACGUCUGCAAUGGCGUUAGUGGAGUCCACGCCAACCCAGAGGACAAUACCACCUUUUAUAACUGUAAUCACGGCAAAGCCACUCUGCAGAAAUGUCCUUCAGGUCUGUUCUUUUCAAAAUCGUGCAACUGCUGUGCCACUCCACUGGACAUCUGCAUUGGCCAAGGGGGCCGUGUGGCCAACCCAGAUGACCCUACCACCUUUUAUAACUACUUACACCACCACCUCUACUGCUUCCACCACCACCACGACCACCACGACUCCCACGAAAACCACAACUCCCACCACCACCAUGACUCCCACGACCACCACCACGACCACCACGACUCCCACCACCACCACGACCGUACCACUACCACAUCCUCUGGCAGCGGUAUAGGGGACGUCUGCAAUGGCGUUAGUGGAGUCCACGCCAACCCAGAGGACAAUACCACCUUUUAUAACUGUAAUCACGGCAAAGCCACUCUGCAGAAAUGUCCUUCCGGUCUGUUCUUUUCAAAAUCGUGCAACUGCUGUGCCACUCCACUGGACAUCUGCAUUGGCCAAGGGGGCCGUGUGGCCAACCCAGAUGACCCUACCACCUUUUAUAACUGUGACUGGGGGAUUGGCACUCUGGAGAAGUGUCCUAACAAACUGGUCUUUAAAAAAUCAUGUGACUGCUGUGAGCAUCCACCCAAGACUUACACCACCACCUCUACUGCUUCCACCACCACCACGACCACCACGACUCCCACGAAAACCACAACUCCCACCACCACCAUGACUCCCACCACCACCAUGACUCCCACCACCACCACCACAACCACCACGACUCCCACCACCACGACCGCCACGACUCCCACAACCACCACGACUCCCACUACCACCACCACGAUUCCCACUACCACCACCUCUGCUGCUUCCACCACCACCACGACUCCCACCACCACCACCACGACUCCCACCACCACCACCACGACUACCACCACCACCUCUCCGACCACCACCACGACCAAAGGUACCACCACCACCUCCACCACCACGACUCCCACCACCACCUCCACCACGACUCCCACCACCACCUCCACCACCACGACUCCCACCACCACCACUCCCACCACCACCACGACUCCCACCACCACCACUACCACCAUCACCACGAUUGCCUCCACCACCACGGCUCCCACCACCACCACCACCACUCCCACCACCACCACAACCACCACCACGACUCCCACCACCACCACGACCAAAGCUCCCAACCCCUGCGAAGGCAAAAACUACAAUUAUGCCAACCCAGAUGACCCACACACCUUUUUUAACUGUGACUGGGGUCAUGGCUCUCUGAUGAGUUGUCCUUCAGAUCUGGUCUAUUAUGAAUCGUGCGACUGCUGUGACUACGCCACCAACCCUCACCACGCCAGGACUACCACCACCACCACCAAAAAGACCGGAACCACCACCACCACCAAAGAUACAGAGAACGUCUGUGAAGGCAAAAAUGGCCGUUAUACCAACCCAGAUGACCCACACAGCUUUUUUAACUGUGACUGGGGUCAUGGCUCUCUGAUGUAUUGUCCUGGAGAUCUGGUCUUUUACGAAUCGUGCGACUGCUGUGACUAUGUCGACAAGUAUCACUACUACGACAAGACUACCACCACCAAAAAGACCGGAACCACCACCACCACCACCAAAGGUACCACGACCACCACCACCACCAUGACUCCCACCACCAUGACCACCACUCCCACCACCACCACCACCACGACUCCCACCACCACUCCCACCACCACCACUCCCAUCACCACCACCACCACGACUCCCACCACCACUACCACCACCACCACUCCCAUCACCACAACCACCACUCCCACCACCACCACCACCACGACUCCCACCACCACGACCACCACUCCCACCACCACCACCACUCCCACCACCACCACCACCACUCCCACCACCACGACUCCCACCACCACCACGACUCCCACCACCACCACUACCACCACCACCACGAUUGCCUCCACCACCACGGCUCCCACCACCACAACCACCACCACGACUCCCACCACCACCACGACCAAAGGUACCACCACCACCUCCACCACCACGACUCCCACCACCACCUCCACCACGACUCCCACCACCACCUCCACCACCAUGACUCCCACCACCACCUCCACCACCACGACUCCCACCACCACCUCCACCACCACGACUCCCACCACCACCACCACUCCCACCACCACCAUGACUCCCACCACCACCACUACCACCAUCACCACGAUUGCCUCCACCACCACGGCUCCCACCACCACCACUCCCACCACCACCACAACCACCACCACGACUCCCACCACCACCACGACCAAAGCUCCCAACCCCUGCGAAGGCAAAAAUUACAAUUAUGCCAACCCAGAUGACCCACACACCUUUUUUAACUGUGACUGGGGUCAUGGCUCUCUGAUGAGUUGUCCUUCAGAUCUGGUCUAUUAUGAAUCGUGCGACUGCUGUGACUACGCCACCAACCCUCACCACGCCAGGACUACCACCACCACCACCAAAAAGACCGGAACCACCACCACCACCAAAGAUACAGAGAACGUCUGUGAAGGCAAAAAUGGCCGUUAUACCAACCCAGAUGACCCACACAGCUUUUUUAACUGUGACUGGGGUCAUGGCUCUCUGAUGUAUUGUCCUGGAGAUCUGGUCUUUUACGAAUCGUGCGACUGCUGUGACUAUGUCGACAAGUAUCACUACUACGACAAGACUACCACCACCAAAAAGACCGGAACCACCAACACCACCACCAAAGGUACCACCACCACCACCACCACCACGACGCCCACCACCACUCCCACCACCACCACCACCACCACCACCACCACUCCCAUCACCACCACCACUACCACCACUCCCACCACCACCACCACGACUCCCACCACCACGACCACCACUCCCACCACCACCAUCACUCCCACCACCACCACCACCACCACACCUCCCACCAAAACCACCACUCCCACCACCACUCCCACCACCACCACGACUCCCACCACCACUACCACGACUCCCACCACCACUCCCACCACCACCACACCUCCCACCAAAACCACCACUCCCACCACCACCACGACUCCCACCACCACUACCAUCACUCCCACCACCACCACCACCACGACUCCCACCACCACCACACCUCCCACCAAAACCACCACUCCCACCACCACCACCACCACGACUCCCACCACCACCACGACCAAAGCCCCCAAUGUCUGCGAAGGCAAAAAUGGCCGUUUUGCCAACCCAGAUGACCCACACACCUUUUUUAACUGUGACUGGGGUCAUGGCUCUCUGAUGUAUUGUCCUGGAGAUCUGAUCUUUUACGAAGCGUGCGACUGCUGUGACUAUGUCAAAGACCCUUGGCAUUUAAGGACUACCACCACCACCACCAAAAACACCGGACCCACCACCACCACCACCAAAGGUCUGAAUAUACAGAGAACGUCUGUGAAGGCAAACAUGGCCGUUAUACCAACCCAGAUGACCCACACAGCUUUUUUAACUGUGACUGGGGUCAUGGCUCUCUGA